AAUCAAAUGAUUGGAGUUUAUAAAACCAGUAUAUAUAUGAAAAAAAAGAUACAAAGGGUAUAUGAUCAGUUGAUGAUAUCACACGUAAGCUCAAAGACCAAUUUCCAAGAAGCUCCUUGCUCUCUUUUUAGCAACUUCAGAUUCCAAAAUUCUCAAAACUCGUAAUUCUAAACCAAUUCUUUUAUUUCUUUCCUUUUUCUAAAUUAAUCUCUCUCUUUCUCUCUCACUAUCCUCACUUGAGAUCGAGCUUAUAUGCUGCGGUCGCCGGUUUUCUAGAUGAUGAUGAUGUUGAACCUCAUUGCUUUCCUCCGCCGCCGUAUCCCGAAGGCCAAAAUCUCCGGUGAUGACCCCACUCCCUCCUCCAACGAGUUUUCUUCUUCUUCUUCUUCUACAGCAGCCAUUCAUCCAAACCCUGAGAAACCCAUCAGAGUCGCCACCUUCAACGCUGCUAUGUUCUCCAUGGCUCCCGCCGUCCCCAACAAUAACUCUACUGAACUAAGUACUGCUCUCCCACUCCGCUCCAAGUCAACCCUUGACCGUCCCAGGAGCAUACUUAAGCAGUCUCCGCUUCACAAUAAUAUGAAACAAGAGAGGUUCGCUAAAUCGAGGCUAAGGGUCUCCAUCAAUCUCCCCUACAACGAGAUUAGCCGCCAGCUCAGUUUCCGUGAGGAUCACUCCCCAGCUCUCUCUUUCUCCCGCGAUCUUCCCUCCACCAGAACCGUUCUUGAUGUUCUGAUGGAGCUAGACGUAGACGUGCUUGCUCUUCAGGACGUGAAGGCGGACGAGUCUGACCAAAUGCGACCCCUCUCCGAUCUGGCGGCUGCCCUCAACAUGAAUUACGUCUUUGCCGAGAGCUGGGCGCCUGAGUACGGCAACGCAGUUCUCUCCAAGUGGCCCAUCAAAAACUCUAAAGUCCACAAGAUCUUUGACCACACUGAUUUCAGGAAUGUACUGAAGGCGACCAUUGAUGUUCCGGGGAGCGGGGAAGUGGAAUUUUACUGCACUCAUCUAGAUCACUUGGACGAGAAUUGGAGAAUGAAGCAAGUCGAUGCAAUUAUCCAAUCAACUGAUGUCCCACACAUACUUGCUGGCGCUCUCAAUUCUCUCGACGAAUCCGAUUACUCUUCCGAGAGAUGGACCGACAUUGUCAAGUAUUACCAAGAGAUGGGUAAGCCAAUACCAAAAGCCCAAGUGAUGAGGUUCUUAAAGAGCAAAGAAUACACUGACGCCAAGGACUUUGCUGGAGAAUGCGAAUCUGUCGUAGUCGUCGCCAAAGGCCAGAGUGUGCAAGGCACAUGCAAGUACGGGACACGUGUGGACUACAUACUGGCUUCCUCCGAUUCUCCGUACCAGUUCGUGCCGGGGUCAUACUCGGUUUUGUCUUCCAAAGGAACAUCUGAUCAUCACAUAGUGAAGGUCGAUCUUGUAAAAGCCAGGGCUGUUAACGUCGACGAGGAACAACCAAAAAGACAGACACAACAGAGAGCUACGACGACGACUAUAUAUAAUAAUCCGUCUCUUACAAAGGCCUCCUGGAGGACGCAUUACUACAAAGCGUGAACAUUAAUCUAUAUAUAUAUAUAUAUAUAUAUAUAUCUAUACUUACUAGACAAAUAGAUUGCAAAAAAUGUUACACGUUUUCUGGACUGUUAUAAUUUACACCAAUUGAGAUUAUCUCAAUUAUAUGUAUAUAACCUUGGACGUUGUUGUGUGCGUUUUUAACCAUGAAUUCCGAUAUGCUUUCCCAUCGAUUUCCAGAUUUUUUUUUGUUCUGUCUGCUUUUGCUGUUAAGACAUUGUGGCUUGUUUAACUCCAGACGUAUAAAUAACGAGUGAAGAGCAGUCUCAUUAGUUUUUGUCA